UCGUGUGGACCGAGCCGGACGCCGGGGAAAGGAUUUGACCUUUACAAACUUUGACUUCUUGUUGGUAUCUCCCUGCCAGCAUCCUGCAGCUCAGUGCCGGUCCGACUCUCCUUCUGCUCCAGCAGCUGGUGUGGGCGUACGAGAGAGCUUGUGUGUGUGUGUGUGCGUGUGUGUGCGUGUGUGUGUGUGUGUGUGUGUGUGUGUGCGUGCGUGUGUGUGUGUGUUCAUCAGCAUGGCCCUGCUGUCUCUGCUAGCCGGGCUGUGUUUGCUGGCGGCUGGUUUGCAGUCCGGCUGUCCCUCUCCUACUGUGGCACCUGUACCGGCAGUCCACACGGGGCUGCAGCCAUGGGGAGGGACGGCAGGUCCCUUGUGUCCUUCCUGUGCUCUGGCUCAAAUGAAGAGGAACUCCUCUGUCUCAUCUAUAGCAGGACAAACAGACAUGGUGGAGGCUGUGAAACGUCACAUCCUCAACAUGCUGCACCUGAGCGCCAGGCCAAACCUUACCCAGGCGGUGCCCCGCGCCGCCCUCCUUAACGCCAUCAGGAAGCUCCAUGUGGGACGGGUGGCUGAUGAUGGCAGCAUAGACAUCCAGCAGGACGGACAGGAUCCUGUGGACCAAACCGCCACGCCUGAACCACCGUCUGAAAUCAUCAUGUUUGCAGAGCCAGGGGACUCUCCAAGCACUUUGACCUUUGACAUUUCAAAGGAGGGAAGCAGCUCAUAUUUAGUGGAACAAGCCAACAUUUGGAUCUUCCUUAAGUCAGGCAAGGUAAAUCGUGCCAAGGGCAAAGUCACCCUCCAGCUUCUUCAGCGCCAUCAGCCUCAGGCCUCCUCCACGGAGCCUAAUCCGGCCCAGGAGGAGGAGGCUUUGUCAGAGAAGAUGGUGGAUGUACGUCGCAGUGGCUGGCAUACCCUCCCAGUACCACGAGCUGUCCAGGCCCUUCUGGACAGAGGUGAGAGCCUCCUCCAUCUACGGGUGUCCUGCCCUUUGUGUGCUGAAGCUGGAGCCAUGCCUGUCCUGGUAGCAGUGGAUAGGGGGUCAUCAAAAGACAGAGAGCAGUCCCAUCGACCAUUCCUCAUGGUGGCCCUCAGAGUGGGAGAUGAGUCAAGCCCCCGGCGGACCAAGCGAGGCCUUGAAUGUGAUGGGAAAAUCCGUAUCUGUUGCAAGCACCAGUUCUAUGUAAACUUCAAGGACAUUGGCUGGAAUGACUGGAUUAUUGCUCCAUCUGGCUACCAUGCCAAUUAUUGUGAGGGAGACUGCCCCAGUCAUGUGGCGAGUAUCACAGGCACGUCUCUCUCCUUCCAUUCCACUGUCAUCAAUCACUAUCGAAUGCGGGGCUAUGGCCCCUUCCAGAGCAUCAAGUCCUGCUGUGUCCCCACACGGCUUCGGGCCAUGUCCAUGCUGUACUAUAAUGAAGAGCAGAUGAUUAUUAAAAAGGACAUUCAGAACAUGAUUGUGGAGGAGUGUGGCUGCUCAUAAGAGACUCCUCAAACCACCUUUUUUUUAAAUCCAGUGGGAGAGAUGACGUUCAGUAACGCUAUGUCCCUUUAAAGCACUUGGUCUUCUGUUUGCUGCCAGCCUGAGUUUGGCAGUCUGGCCAAACUGUCUGCAGGUGUCAGGAGAUCAGCACAAUCUCUCUGGCACUUACAGAUAAAAAAAAAGGGUGUUGCAUAGUAUAUUUUGGUUAAUGAUCUUUGAAAACGGGACUAUGCAUUGUAUUUUUUUUCUGUGUGGUGGAACUCCUACCUUUCCACUCGGCAAAUACAACACGUAAAAGACUUCAGAAUACUAUGCAACAAAUUAAGUUUUAUGAUGCAACGUUAAACAUUUCUUCAUGUUUGUAUUUGUAUGUAUCGGUACCCUGUUGGGUUUAAGAAAUCCUUUCAUACAGUAUAUUAUGUUUUUGAAGGUUAGAUUUAGUGUAUAAGUCUCUUGUUGAGAGGUACUUGAAAGAAAUUAGUUUAAUCAGCUAUUGGAGCCAAACACUUAAAGCGUCAUUAUAAUUAUCAUUAUUAUCAUUAUUAUUAUCAUUAUAAUUAUCAUUAUUAUUAUUUUUCAUUAUCAUUAUUAUCAUCAUUAGAUGAUAUCAUUGUUAUCAUUAUCAUUA